AUGGAUAACAUCACCUACAACAGUCCCAUCCUGCAUAUAGAGGCUUUUGAUCUGCCCCCUAAGCUUAUAUAUCCAGUGUUUUUCAUUUUGUUUUUCUUCUACCUGAUCAUAAUGAUCACUAAUAUAGGAGUCAUCCUUCUCAUCUCCAGCGACAGGAACUUGCAGCAGCCCAUGUACUUGUUAUUCUGCAAUUUGUCCUUCAAUGACAUUCUGGGGAACACAGUGCUUCUACCUCGUCUGAUGUCAGACGUUGUCUCAUCUGAUAGGUCCAUUACUUAUGUUGAGUGUGUAUCUCAGGCCUUCUUUAGCCACAUCUUUGGUACAUCUGCACACACAAUAUUGAUUAUCAUGGCCUUUGAUAGGUAUGUGGCCAUAUGUCACCCACUGAGAUACACUUCAAUAAUGACCCCUGGCAUGGUGGUGAAGCUGUCUCUGUACUCUUGGGGUGCAGCAGUAGUACUGGUGUCAGUCCUGCUAGGCCUCACUAUUCGGCUCACGCGUUGCAGGUCAAUUAUUCAGAAUGCCUACUGUGACAAUGCAUCCUUGUUCAAGCUCUCAUGCCAGGAUGUGACCAUCAAUAAUAUUUAUGGGUUGGCAUUUACUGUGGUUCUGUUUGGCUCCUCAAUGGGAAGCAUCGCCAUUACCUAUAUCCGAAUAGUUACCAUAUGCAUCACCAAAAAAAGCAAGGAGCUGAACAGCAAGGCCCUGCAGACAUGUGCCACUCAUUUGGUCCUGUACAUGAUUAUGUUGUGGUCUGGCUUUUUAGUCAUUAUGUCGCACCGCCUUCAGAUUCACACAGAUUAUCGAAAACUGGCAUCUGUAUUGUUUCACAUUGUUCCAGCAAACUUGAACCCUAUCAUUUAUGCUGCACAAACAAAAGAACUGAAAAACAGGAUUGCCCAACUAUUUAAUUCAAAAGCAACACCAGCAUGA